GCCAUCCACCAUGUAAAGGUCUCUGCUUCCACAACAUCGAAAUAAUAAAACACACAGAUACUAUUAUGAAUAAAAAAGUAUAGGAUAAAACUCUAAAGGAUAAGUUAAAUCUUUUCUCAUUGAAGAAACGACGUCGUUUUAAGCAUCCCGAAUCGCAAAUACCUAGUUUCUCCUCCUCAGUUCAGUUCCACUGAGACGGACCCUUCUUUCUUCUUUGAUUUUGUUCUGCAAGUUGUGUUGCCGGCGCAUCCUGAUUUCCUCCCCUCUUUCUUCUUCGAAAAUCACAAUUGAAAAUACAAACGCACACUAAUUACUUUGCCAAGCCCAGGUACCAAGGAAAAUCCUUGAAGAAGAUUUUCUUCUUCUUCUUCUUGCAUAGCCGAGGAAAUGUUGGAUGAAAGCAAAUUUGAUGUUGAUUUGAAAUUAUGGGCACUUAGAAUCCCUUGUCAGCUUUGCAAAGCCGCCACUCGCAUUUUAAACGGAUAUUUGCUUGACAAGCCCAGAAUCAAACCUAUUACUGAAGAUCCAACUUGCCAAAAGAAUCGUUAUAUGAUAUUGUCCGAUAGAGUUCAAAGUCAUGAUUUGUCUGAGAUAUCACCUCAGAAGCUUGAUGAAUUGAAGAAAUUAUGUGAGAUUCAAGUAAUUCCUUAUUCGUUGACACUCGGAUAUUCCUAUUGGAGUGCAGAUCAUGUAUUGAAGCAGAUUCUGCCUCCUGGAGUGGAGGUGCCUUCAUCUUUUGAAACAAUAGGUCAAAUUGCCCAUCUAAAUAUACAUGAUGAACUGCUUCCCUACAAGGAUGUUAUUGCUAAGGUUAUUUAUGAUAAAAAUUAUCCCAGGAUAAAGACUGUUGUUAAUAAAGUUGGAACUAUCACAAAUGAGUUUCGGGUGCCAAAGUUUGAAAUUUUAGCAGGAGAAAGUGACAUGGUCACGGAAGUGAAGCAAUAUGGGGCAACGUUCAAGCUUGAUUACGGCUUGGUUUACUGGAAUUCAAGAUUGGAACAUGAGCAUAUAAGGUUGGUUUCUCAAUUUCAACGAGGAGAGAUCAUCUGUGACAUGUUUGCUGGGAUCGGUCCUUUCGCUGUUCCAGCAGCACAGAAAGGAUGCAUUGUUUAUGCAAAUGAUUUGAACCCAGAUAGCAUUCGCUAUUUGAAGAUUAAUGCAGAAAUCAAUAAGGUUGAUGAUUGCAUUUGUGCAUUCAAUAUGGAUGCUAGGAAAUUUAUUUCUCAACUUAUGGAAGCACCAGUUUGUGAAAAUAAUGCAGAAUGCAAUGUUUCAAUGCUUAAAGCAUGUGAGGAUUGCAGCGUACAGGAAAAUGAGGAAUCAAGGGUAGAAAAUACAAGACUGGGAGUUGAAGCAGAGGAAACACCUGUUACUGUUCCAGGUAAUGUGGAGGGUGCACAAGAUUCGAAUAGAAAUAUACACACUUCUGUAGCUGCAACUAAAAGACCUUCGGAUUGUUGCUUGGAAGAAAAUGGAAGCAUCAAUGGUGAUGGUGCAAUGGAUGCUUUUAGGAGAAAGGGAGGCAAAAAAAAGAGGAUGAGAGCCCUGGAGCUUCCCAAUACUAAGCCUUGGGAGCAUGUUGAUCAUAUAGUCAUGAACCUUCCUGCUUCUGCCCUACAUUUUCUUGAUGCAUUCAAGGGGCGUAUUCAGAGGAAGGAUUGGAAAGGACCUCUUCCCUUGAUUCACUGCUAUUGCUUCAUGCGAGCAAAUCAAACCCAAGAAUUAAUAGUUUCGGAGGCAGAGUCUGCCUUGAAUGCUCACAUACAAGAGCCAAUAUUUCACAGGGUUAGGGAUGUCGCUCCAAAUAAGGCCAUGUUUUGCUUAAGCUUUAGGCUACCAGAAGCAUGUUUCAAAGAUGAUGCCACUAACAUUUAACGUUGAUUCUGCUGAGGGGAAGUUUUAGACACCAUAAAAUCUUUCCAGUCCAUACACCACUCACGCCAUCAGUUUCCUAGCAGAUUUUGUUCCCUUGAAAGCAGAAACAAACUUCGCUUUGAAAUGACCUCCAAGAAAUCUGACCUGAUAUAUAAAUUUUUCGUUUUCUAUUCAGUUUUGUCUGAUCCAAUGAGUUGGUGUAUUUUCAGUUAUGAUUAAGACACCCAUUUUUGGCAA